AUGUCGCAGGAACACACUGAGUACAUUCAAAGUAAAGUGAAUCCCAUCCUUGAGAGCCUUGUGACGGAGGUCCUGCUGGAGCGUCCAGACAACCCCGUGCCAUUCAUGGUCCGAUGGCUCGCUGAGCGCUCGAAAGCCGGCAAGGACUCGCUGUACUCUCUUGGAGUUGGCGAAGCGGAGCGACUGCGCAAUGAGAUCCGUGAGCUUCAGGACGAAAUCAAAGCUCUGUCAGACAAAGUCGGCGAUGCCAAAGCCAAAGGUGAAGAGAAGAAGGAGGAGGGAAAGAAGGAAGAGCUUCAAGGAGAGGCGGCUGCAGAGGCGCCCCAGGACUCUCCCGGAGAGAAGCCAACGGAGAAGCCAGCGGAGAAAGAGGAGGGAGCCUCCGGUGGAGCUAAGAAGGAAGAGGAGGAAGCCGAAGAGGCGGAAGAGGCGGGACCAGGAAAAGGAAAGAAGGACGACGACGAAAGCGAAGAGGAGGACGACUUCGGAGAUGAUGACGAGGACGAUGUGGACGAUGACUGGAAGCCGCCAACCGCGUACAUGAAGAAGGGACAGCGAGGCUCUGUGUCUGCGGAAGCAUAUGGUGCCUUCAACCAGAAGCAGGCCUUCGAGCCGCCAGUCUAUGAGAAGAGCUCCGAACAGGAAGAGCGUAUCAACGCCGUUCUGUCGAAGAGCUUCCUGUUCAAUGCUCUGAGCAAGGACGACCUGAAGGUCAUCCUAGGGGCCUUCUUGGAAAAGAAGAUCCCGGCUGGCGAGCGCAUUAUUCAGGAGGGGGAUGAUGGAGACGUCAUGUUCCUCAUUGAGUCAGGGGCCUUUGACUGCAUCAAGAAGAUUGACGGAUCUGACAAGGUGGUGAAGAAGUGCGGUCAGGGAGACGUUUUUGGUGAGCUUGCCUUGCUUUACAAUUGCCCUCGUGCUGCAUCAGUGGAAGCCACUGAAGAAGCUGUUGUGUGGCAGCUUGAUCGUGAGACUUUCAGCCACAUUGUUCGAGAUGCGUCUGCAAAGCGACGUGACAACUUCAUGGACUUUCUGAAAACUGUGCCCCUCUUCAAGCCGCUGGAGAGCUAUGACCUCAUGCAGCUGGCUGACUGCCUUCAGCAGCAGACACUGGAAGCUGGGGAGACCAUCCUCAAGCAGGGAGACACAGGCGACACUUUCUAUCUUGUGGAGGAAGGCGAUCUUGUUGCAACGAAGUCGCGCGAUGGGGGUGCUCAGGAGGAAGUGCUUCACUACAAGCGCGGUGACUAUUUCGGGGAGUUGGCGCUCUUGAAGAAUGAGCCCCGUGCAGCAACAGUGUCAGCCAAGACGGAAUCCAAAAUCUGCAAGAUUGACCGCAAGUCCUUCAAGAACAUCCUGGGACAGCUCGAGGCUCAGUUCAAAGAGGCGGCUUCCAAAUACAAGCCUUGA